GCAGCCCGGGGUUCAGGAUGUAACUGGAGGACUAGUAUUUUGUACUGGAGGCAAUGGGUUCAGAGAGGCUGUACACACAAACCAAGGUCUCCAACUCCAGCGUGUACUUAAGUAACUUCUUUCUCCCUGUCCUCUUCUGAUUUGACUUGAAGUCAUUAGUUUUGUUUGCAUUACAAAAUUUUAAUAGCAUAUUAUAUGUUUGUAAUAAAAAUUCAUUUCUCUGAUUCCAUUUUCAGGAUUUAUAUCCCAAAGUAACUUUGAGAGUCUGCCUUAUAUAGAGGAUAGCUACAGCUCAUUAACUAGUAAUUUCAUACUAUUGGAAGAAGAAAAAAUGUCUCAAAAGCAGAUGAAGGAAGCUUUUGUCAGUAACCACAAUGGAACCAGUGUGCUUGAAGUCACCCAGGGCCUAUGCUUACCUGCAUUCUGUAUCCUGUGCAGAGGGCUUCUGAUCAUUCUCUCACAGCACUUGUGCUCUUCACAUACCUGGAGAACUAGAUUCUUCACUGACUUUGUUUUCCUAAUAGUUCCCCUGGUGGCCACUUUGACCAUUUUGUCUUCAUUUGUCCUCCUUGAGCACCUUGCUGUAAUUAUCCUUGGGGCAGGGCUAUUCUAUCAAAUAUACUGCAGGAGAACUUGCUGUGCCAGAAUGCCUGUCCAGAAAAUACUUGAAAAAUUCUUGAAAAUUGGUCUAGAAUCAGAAUACGUUCCAGCCAUCUCUUGUUUCCGUGUAAUUAACAGUGCAUUUACUGCUAUUGCCAUUUUGGCUGUGGACUUCCCACUUUUUCCCAGAAGAUUUGCCAAAACUGAGCUCUAUGGGACAGGAGCAAUGGAUUUUGGAGUAGGAGGUUUUAUUUUUGGGACUGCAAUGGUUUGUCCAGAGGUUAGGAGAAAAUAUACUGACGGGUCCAGAUUUUAUUAUCUUACAAAGUCACUGUACUCUGUUUGGCCACUAGUCUUCCUAGGAGUAGGACGAUUAGUCAUUAUAAAAUCCAUAGGCUAUCAGGAACAUUUAACUGAAUAUGGAGUUCACUGGAACUUUUUUUUUACCUUAAUAGUUGUGAAACUGUUAACAUCACUGCUUUUAAGUAUUUUUCCUCUAAAUAAAUCCUGGAUUAUGGCCAUUAGCAUUAUUGUGUUAUACCAGCUAGCCCUUGACUUUACCCCACUGAAAAGGUUAAUUUUGUAUGGCACUGAUGGCAGUGGAACAAGGAUUGGUUUAUUAAAUGCCAACCGAGAAGGAAUAAUCUCUACUUUGGGAUAUGUGGCAAUUCAUAUGGCUGGUGUGCAAACAGGGUCAUAUAUGCUUAAAAAAAGAUCACAUGUCAAAGACUGGGUAAAAGGAACAUACCACAUUCUGCUGACAGCUAUUAGCCUCUUCAUAUCUCUUUACAUAGUUCAGGUAAAUGUAGAAGUAGUAUCUCGGAGAAUGGCCAAUUUAGCUUUUUGUAUUUGGAUAAUUGCUUCUAGCCUGAUACUUCUUAGUAGUUUAUUACUGUGUGAUAUAAUUUUGAGUUUUGCCAAAUUUCUAAUUAAAGGGGCUAUAGUACCAUGUUCUUGGAAACCAAUCCAGUUAUCUGCCACAAAUAAAAAGCAUUCAGAAUCUCUAGUCUCUGAAGCUGAAAGAAAGGAACCCAGUCUUUGUUUAAUCACAGCUAUGAACAGAAACCAGUUAAUUUUUUUCUUGCUGUCAAAUAUAACUACUGGUUUGAUCAACCUGUUAGUAGAUACAUUACACAGCAGUACCUUGUGGGCCUUAAUUGUGCUCAAUCUCUAUAUGUUUACCAACUGUUUAAUUAUAUAUGUGUUACACUUGCAAGAUAAGACUAUAAAAUUUUGGUGACCAAUGUGGGUACAAAGUACCUGUGUUACAAAAAUAUUACUUUAAUGAGGGAGAAUAUUAAAUGUGAAGAAAAUGGGCUUUUGGCAACCCAGUAUUAAACAUAUUAUAGAAUUGAGUUUCAAUCCUCCAUAAUAGUAGUGAUGCUUACUGUUAUAGUUUAUCUUAACACCAUGUAAUUUUAAAGAAACUGUAGUCGUGACACUGAAAGAUUAGAGGGUAGUGGGGAGGAGGAGAUUCACUCUCCAUUUUAUAUCACAAACCAUUCUGUAUUUUUUUAUUGUAUGACUUCUAUAAUAAAAUUUACAUUUAAACAUCUCAGUGUGAU